UUAGUCAGUUAGCUUGGUGCUUCUUGUUCGCAGGUCUGCUUUCGGCUAGACAGCUUUCAAUCAAAGCUGUGAGUGCGAGCAGAGCCGCCUUGUGUCUUGCAAGGGCCAGCAACUGAUCUUCUACUGCCCAGCUUCUGAUUUGUUGUCCGUGGAUUUCCAAUGACGAUUUGUGGAUUCAAUUUUUCAAUGCACCGGGAAUGCUGUUGAGGACCAAUUUCAAAACGUGCUGACAUGGAAGAGAUACUUCGGGACGAGCGCUAUGCGCUCCUACCCUAUUGCAUCCGCAGCUUUGUCUGCGCGAUGGUGCAUGGGAUGGAUGAGCACAUUGGGCCUUGGGACGUCCAGAAUGUUUUGGCGUUCUACAGCGGAAAGCCGGCAAGAACGAGAAAUGGUAGCAUUGUGGACACCGUGCCAUUUCGUCCCACUCGCCUCGUCUUCCAAAACUUUAGCGGGCUCACAUCGUUGGUCGACUUGGCAUCCGCCCGGCAAGUUGCGCACAACCUGGGAGGCACUGCGUGGAUGAACAAAAUCCAGCCAGCUGUUCCCAUCGACUUGCUUUUAGAACAAACGCUGAGCCCGGAUAACGAGGCUGCCACUCCGAGCAACGAGGAAGAGUUUGCCCGCUGCCGGGAACGCUUCAUGUUCCUCAAGUGGGUGGCCACGACCUUCCCGAAUGUCCGUGUUGUGCCGCCCAGUUCCAGUGUUGUUCACCAGACGGCGUUGGAGAGCUUGUCGGGACUCACCGUCGUCAAGCCCAGCUCGACGAUUGUGCCCGAUGUCAUCGUGGGCAUUGAUAGCCACAUUGCCAUGCACAAUGGUUUUGGCACGCUGGCCUGGAGUGUCAGUGGCAUUGAGCAGAGUGUGUUUGUGAACUUGCCGAUUCAAUUCAAGCUGCCCGAUGUCAUCGGCUGCAGGCUUUUCGGUGAACCUCUUCUCGCCACUCCUACCGAUCUUGUUUUAAUUGUCACCAAGUACUUGAGAAGCCAGGUGAACUUGGCUGGCUGUAUCGUGGAGUUCUACGGUCCGUCUGUGAAGUUCCUGAGCAUGGCGGAUCGCAUGAGCAUUGCCAACAUGGCGGACGAGUACAUGGCAGUGGCGUCCUUCUUUCCGAUGGAUGAGCACACGCUCAAGCACUUUGCCAAGUUUGGUAGCCGGGGCAGUUCGUUCAGAGACAGCGAGGAUGUGCUGCGCAAGUUUCAACUCGUCUCCAACAACACCAUGCACAAGAGCAUGUAUUUCAGCGAUACCCUCGAACUGGACCUGAGCUCUAUCAAUAUCACCGUAUCCGGACCUCAUCCGUCGUGUACGCGGACGCCACUAUCGGCGUUCCCCAGCGACUUCCGAGAAUGCCUAUCGUCCUUUGAUGGAGAAAGAGCAUUCAAGGUUGACAACCUGAAAAAGACCUUCACUGUUGACUACCAGGGUAGCCCCAUUCAACUCAGACAUGGCUCUCUUCUUGUUGCCUCGGUAACGAACUGCACGAAUGGCAGCCACCCGUCUACCAUGCUGACAGCCGGCUUGCUUGCACGAAAUGCCGUGAACCGAGGCCUGACCGUUGCCAAGCAUAUCCAUGCCUGUGUGAACAUUGGAAAUGGCCUGACGCACACCUACCUGAAGGAGGCCGGAGUGCUCGAGUUUCUGGCAUCUGCCGGAUUCCGGUGCAAGGACUUCUCAUCUCAUCGUAUCAAGGAAGAACUCCCUGAGGACUGGCUGACGCUAACGAAGCAAGCAUCAGAGGAGUUGAUAACCGCCAGUAUGCUAUCAAAUAGCCGGGGCAACGACUGCUGCCUACAGGCUGCAAGCAAGACUACUGCAAGAUACAUUGCAUCUCCCCCUCUUGUCAUCGCCUAUGCGCUUGCUGGACGAGCAGAUAUCAACUUUGAGAAGGAGCCGAUCGGCUUUGGCAACACGGGGAAACCGGUCUUCCUCUGUGACUUAUGGCCACAGAAUGCGGAGACGCGCGAGGUGCAGAGGAACAUUGUCCAUCCUGCAGUCGUGCAGACUGUUCAUCAGAGAAUGCAAUCGGGAAGCACCCGCUGGUUCAGUUUACCUGUAAUCACUGAGCCUCUGUUCCGCUGGGAUAUAUGUCAAUCCUACAUAAAGAUGAUGCCUCUACUAACGGACAAAGAGCAAAAGGCUGGCCAGCUGUCGAUCAAGCAACCACCCUGUUUCCGCAGCAUGUACAAAGCGGCGUGUUUGCUCAUACUCGGCGAUAACAUCUCCGCCGACCACAUAUCGCCAGCGGGCAGCAUAUCGCGUAACUCACCUGCUGCUCGCUACCUCAGCUAUAUCGGACUGCUGCCUCGCGAAUUCAACUCCUACGGCUCUCGCGUGGGCAACUUUGAGGUAAUGCUGCGGGGAGCCUUUGCACACAAGCACCUCGUCAAUCAGAUGAUGAGAGCCGGUAAACCAUUGCCAAAGACAUUCUAUCUACCCACCAGAGAAGAGCUUGAUGUGUUUGAUGCUGCCGAUCGCUAUCGCAGUGUUGACAUUCCCAUUAUCAUCUUUGCCGGCCAUGACUACGGCUGCGGAUCGGCACGUGACUGGGCAGCGAAGUGCCUUCUCCCUCUGGGUGUUGGGGCAGUGAUAGCGCAGAGCUUUGACGCGGCGCACCGCGCCAACCUGGCCAGCAUGGGGGUGUUGCCGCUGCAGUUCCUGCUUGGUCAGAGCGUAGAAACAUUCUCUAUCACCGGCAUGGAGGACUUUACCAUCAAGCUACCGCAGCUGCUCACACCCAACCAGAAGGUUGAGGUCUCGAUCAACAGUGGGCUUGUGUUUCAGGUGGAGCUGCGCCUGGACUCCUAUCUGGAGAUUGGUUUCUUCUGCCACCGUGGAAUUGUCAACUACGGACUGGCGCGUGCUAUAGCGCCGGCACAGCCUACGCCAGUCUACCCGCCUCCCAGCGAGAGCUAAUGGUUACGUCACCAAACCAAUCAUCCGAAGUCCGUCCUUGAGUUAUCUUGUUCCGUGGCACGAUGGUCGGCGGUCCGUGAGAUGCUGAUCCGCCGUGCAGGUGUAGUUGUAGUAGACGGACAUCUGCACUAUGCAUGGGCACACUGCUACCACCGCCGAACCCGUGCUCACACCCCCCCUUCUUCCUCUCCCAUGCCGCUGCGCUAACAUUGCGGCACCCGUGCACCUGGACUAUUGUUGGGUCUGCCCCCGCUACGCCACCCGCUGGAUCAUCGUUGUCGUCGCAGAAAGAAAGAAUGGAUCUUUGCUCUUCACCUUUCAGCCAAUGCCAGGAUCGUUGUCUCCAUGCAUUGCCUGCUAGCCACAGUAAGUUGUGGCAGGCAGCGUGUACAUUCACAAGACUGUUUUGCUCUUUUUCAACGCGUAGUAGUGGUCGGCAGUUGCGUUGCCAUGGUACCUCCUUUGCUCCUUUGCUUUGCUCCCAUAUCGGCUUGAUAGACUGCUGUUGAGGUUCGGUGCACGUCCGCCCGUACGGUCUGUCAGCUGGGUGGCACCCAAGGGAUGCCCGCGGUCAGGUUGCGAUGUCCUUGUGCAUGUUUGUAUGUUGUACGUUUGUGUUUGCACGGUAUGUGUGUGUGUGUGUGUGUGUGUGUGUGUGGAUUUUCGUUUCCUACGCGUUGUGUUAGCAUCUCUCUAGUUGAGCUCCGCCGUCGGUAUGUCACACGUGCACUUUCGCUCCUUGCAAUUUCACUAGCUCUGUGACACAUUGAUUCGUGAGGUACCUUCUCUUUUUGCCAGAUUCUCCCCCUGUAUGUAACCCCAUAUCUCUUUUGACUGAGGACGAACCAGCUGAUCCCAUAAUCACACGUCCACCAGUUCUUUCUCCUGCCCGCACCCGAAGUUGAGAGCGUCUUCAUACUCCGUUCUAUUUAUUUUCUUCUACUAUAAAGCUCCUCCAUCUUCCCCCGCGUGUUUCCUAGUUCCUUGUCCAGCAGGCAGGCAGUUGAUAUUGCUGCCUCUCUCACUCUGCUCCACUUGAUUGAGAAUCAAUGCCUGUUGACGGUGCCGCUUGAGAUCCAUAUUUUUAUCGAGCUGUUCUUGGUUUCGGGUUUUCGUAUUUGCCGCCUACCUUUUUUAUAUUAUAUUUUCUCUGGUCUGCCAUGCCGUGUUGAUCUUUAGUUAGGCUACGAGUUUUACUAAGGCACUUCUUAGACUGCUUGUUGGCCCAGAGUUCCUGCUGUAGUUAUCCCCCUUUUUGCACACUCUAGUUUUCAUUGCAUUCGGUGCCUACGCCAGCACAAUGAAAAUUUUAAUAUUGCCAUGGAGUUGGUCCCUUUUUAACUUAGAUGUUUUUAAUCCCCCCUCCUUUUACAACUUCCAGUUAGACAUCCGAUAUAUUUCGUCUCCCCCCCCUCCACUUUUUUACAAUGUAGAAGCUUUAUUUACAGGUCACGGUUGUCUGUUUUUGUUGUCCAACGAUUUGAUUGUUGAAGUUGAAUAAAUCUGAUGUGAGACUUGUAUGUACUACAGGUGUCAGUGGC